AUGAGCAACGUUGACUCAACGUCAACACCCGAGAAUCCCAGGUCAUUAAAGACACUAUUUCUUGAUCUGAAGGAGGAAUUAAAAACUAGAUCAGAUGUAAAUUUUAAAUCGAGGAAGAAAUUAGAUGAAUGUCCAGCCUCCUCGUCCGAUAUAUCCUAUAAUUCGAACAGCAACUUCGACGAUGAACUCAGUUCAUUCUUGAAAAACACAAAUCAGAACGGAAAUCUGUUGGAUUUGUUUAAUAAGAAGUAUUUCAUAGGUUAUGCCAUAAGCGAAGCAUUUAGUGGAACAGAUUUGGACGCAUACACUCUAUUUCACAUAUGGAAUACCAAAAGAUCAUCUCAAAAAAGCUACGCCUUUUAUAACCAGUCCUUGGUAUCACCUGAGGAGAACUUAGAAUUCUCAAAAAGACCCGAGACUUUUUCAAAUGAUCAGUUCGUAGUAUUUUACCAACAGCUGUUUUAUAGUUAUCAGUCAGAACUAGAGUUGAUAGAUCGCACAAGACCAAUUUUCAAGAUUCCUCCACAAGAUAACUCACUCGUUCACGCCAUAGAACCAAAGACCACAGCUUUGAUUCUGUUAACAUAUCUUUACGGGCUGAAUAAUGUAAAAUUUAUUGGUCUGAGGAAUUGCCCAGACCAUUCCAGUGUGCCUGGUCCGUAUUUAAGCCUACUAAAUAUCGACUCAAAGUCCGACUUUAUCACCUGUUUAACCAAGUUCAACGAGCUGAUUUUUAAAAAUGACAAGAGUUCUGAUAAUUUUAACUAUUUCAAUAUCGACGGUUACUUGAAUUUGUCAUAUUUCGUGUACGAGCUGGACUUUAUCUACUCUUACAUUUUGGUCGAAGAUAAUUGCUAUUCUAAGUACACUGAGCCGAUUUUGUUAAAGUCUUUCACAAACAGAGUUUUUGGAAAGGCCAACCUAACUCUAAAUUUAUAUCGCAUCAGAUCUAGAUACAAAGGUCUGAGUAUUUCAGAAGUAUUAUCUAGGUUUGACUCAGUUUUAUCUCUGAUUUGUAAAAUAUUUUUUGAGUUCAAAAGCGCUCCGACACAAGCACCACUCGACAAGAAUAAUCCCAAAGUUUUCAACUUCCUGGCCUUUACCUGCAUCGUUUACUCCUAUCUAUACUCAAUUCUCAGUAUUCCACUCCAACUGUUACCAUGGGAGGUCUUCGUGCUCGACAAAUUUAACUCAAACAGGGACAAUAUCGAAAAACAAAAAACAACUGGAGGUGAAAAUGAACAAACUGAGGAGAAAUCACCAGAUCCGAAACUGCCAAACGGCGUAAACUACGACGUUGACGAAGAUACUGACGAGUUGAAGGAGAAUUUUGGGAUAGUUAACAUGUCAGUCCAUAACGAAUUUGCCGAGACUGCAGCGGAUUCCACAUGUAUCGAGAACACAAGAAGGCACGAUAACUUGAUGACCUAUGUAAUCGGACUGGUUAACGGUGAAGGGAACUGGAUUAAAAAGAAGGAAAAAUUUGUUGACCUCAUUGACACCUACAAGCUUGUCUUGUCUUGGUACAGACGUCCCUCUUUUAGUAACACCAUGUACAAUAACAAUUCUAAGGCAUGGCCGAUAUCGCUUUUUUACUACAAUCUGCUUAUAGAGCCGUGCGGUAGAGCCUUUUUCGUCUGGUACUGGAAGAACAUUGAGGCCUGGGGAAGCUCAAACAUCUGGUCUAAUCAACCGAAAUUCUCUAACCAGAAAACUUCAAUCUUUGGCCAGUUUUUAAACAAAUUAUCCCGAAGGAACCAUUACCACUCCGACUCAAAUCUUGGACUGAAGCGCCUUGUCUAUCUCAGGUUACGGGACACUGUUUCGUACGUCUUUGACAUUGAACUGGAGCUAAAAAAAGCUCUGUUGUACUAG